AUGAGAAAGGUGGAAACUUUAGCCUCGGGUUUUCAGUUUGUGCUUGUUUUUGUUGCUGUUUGUUUGUGCAAGGAGGCCGUUGGUAGCGGUUCUGUGAGGUACAAGACAGGGGGUGGUGUGGUGGAAGGCAAGUUGAAUGUUCAUUUGGUUGCGCAUUCGCACGACGACGUUGGAUGGUUGAAAACUAUUGAUCAGUACUAUGUUGGAUCAAACAAUAGCAUUCAGGGUGCUUGUGUCGAGAAUACUUUGGACUCUGUUAUCGAAUCGUUGGUUCGUGAUCCGAAUAGGAAAUUUGUGUUUGCUGAGAUGGCAUUCUUUCAAAGAUGGUGGUCAACACAAAGAGCGGGAAUUCAAGAAAUAGUGCGAAAACUAGUAGAUGCUGGGCAGCUAGAGUUUGUAAAUGGUGGUUGGUGUAUGCACGAUGAAGCAACAGUCCAUUACAUAGACAUGAUUGACCAAACAACUCUUGGUCACCGUGCAAUAAAGCAGCAGUUCAACAAGACGCCUCGUGCCGGAUGGCAAAUUGAUCCAUUCGGACACUCUGCAGUGCAAGCUUACUUACUUGGAGCUGAGCUUGGGUUUGAUUCUGUACAUUUUGCAAGGAUUGAUUAUCAGGACAGAGCAAAGCGCAAGGGGGAUAAGUCUCUUGAAGUUAUAUGGCGUGGAUCCAGAACUUUUGGUUCAUCAUCUCAGAUUUUUGCCAAUGCGUUUCCGGUUCACUAUAGUCCACCACCAGGUUUCAAUUUUGAAGUAAACGAUGACUUCAUCCCUGUCCAGGAUAACCCUCUUCUUUUUGACUACAAUGUUGAAAAGCGUGUUAGUGAUUUUAUCAAUGCUUCAAUUAUCCAAGCAAAUGUGACGAGGACGAAUCACAUUAUGUGGACAAUGGGUGAUGAUUUCCAGUACCAAUAUGCUGAGUCUUGGUUCAAACAAAUGGACAAAUUAAUUCACUAUGUUAAUAAGGACGGUCGAGUUAAUGCCUUGUAUUCUACACCAUCUAUCUAUACUGAUGCUAAAAAUGCAGCAAACCAGUCGUGGCCACUGAAAACUGAUGAUUAUUUUCCGUAUGCAGAUAGGGUAGAUGCUUAUUGGACUGGAUUUUUUACUAGUCGCUAUGGUUUGAAGGGAUAUGUCCGGUCGCUGAGUGGAUAUUAUUUGGCAGCACGAGAACUGGAAUUUCUGAUUGGAAAGAGAGCAAAUGGUUCCAAUACCUAUGCCCUUGGAGAUGCUUUAGGAAUUGUACAGCACCAUGAUGCUGUCACCGGCACUGCUAAACAACAUACAACCAAUGACUAUGCAAAGCGCCUGUCCAUUGGCGCCUUUGAGGCAGAAGCUGUUGUCAGUUCUGCUCUAUCGUGCCUAACUAAAAGUAAAUCAGGAGACCAAUGUAAAGAGCCAACAUCGACUUUUAGCCAGUGUCAAUUACUCAAUAUCAGUUACUGCCCUCCAACAGAAAAAGAUAUUCCAGAAGGGAAAAGCUUGGUUGUUGUAGCAUAUAAUCCUCUUGGAUGGAAUCGGACCGAGAUUGUUAGGAUACCUGUUAACGAUGCCACUCUUUCUGUUCAAGAUUCCUCUGGAAAUAUUCUUGAGGUACAAUAUGUAAAUUUGGAUAAUGUUACAGCAGAUCUAAGAAACUUCUAUACAAAAGCCUACUUGGGACAGUCAUCAAAACAAGUUCCUAAGUACUGGCUAAUCUUUCAAGUCUCUGUGCCACCACUUGGUUGGAACACCUACUUCAUUUCAAGGGGAGCUACCAAAGGGAAAAAUGGAAAUGGAUUUCUCUCUGUGAUGGACAGUCCACAAAACGAGACCAUUGAAGUUGGACCUGGAGAUCUGAAGAUGUCCUUCUCUUUUGCUUCCGGACAACUCAAACGGAUGUAUAAUUCUAAAACAGGAGUUGAUGUACCAAUACAGCAGAGCUACCUCUGGUAUGGUUCAAGCAAAGGUGAUACCGAUUCUCAGCAAGCUUCUGGUGCAUACAUAUUCCGGCCUAAUGGCUCCCCUGCAACUAUUGUAUCAAGAUCGGUACCCCUGAAGGUUUUUCGUGGACCACUAGUUGAUGAGAUUCACCAACAGUUCAGUUCAUGGAUCUAUCAGGUCACUAGACUUUACAAAGACAAAGAGCAUGCCGAAGUCGAAUAUACUAUUGGUCCAAUUCCCACGGAAGAUGGUGUUGGAAAAGAGGUCAUCACUAGAAUGACAGCAAACAUGGAAACAAACAAGGUGUUCUACACCGAUUCCAAUGGAAGGGAUUUCAUUAAACGGGUACGAGAUUAUAGGCCAGACUGGCCCCUUUCGGUUAAUCAACCUGUAGCAGGAAACUAUUAUCCACUAAAUCUUGGAAUCUAUACUCUCGAUAAGAAAUCAGAGUUCUCAGUCCUGGUUGAUCGUGCCACUGGAGGAUCUAGCAUUGAAGAUGGUGAAGUAGAGCUGAUGCUUCAUAGGCGUACACUCUAUGACGAUUCCAGAGGGGUGGGUGAAGCGCUUGAUGAAAGAGUGUGCGCGGGAGGAACUUGUGAAGGACUAACGGUUCGAGGAAACUAUUAUAUGUACGUAAACCAGGUAGGGGCUGGUGCCCCCUGGCGCAGGACAACUGGCCAGGAAGUUUACUCACCACUUCUUCUAGCUUUCACUCAUGAGAAAUUGGAGGAUUGGACUGCAUCUCAUUUGACAAAAGCAUCUACCAUGGAUCUGAAUUACAGCUUGCCUCUCAAUGUUGCUUUGAUUACUCUUCAGGAGUUGGAUGACGGAAGUGUGCUCCUUCGUCUAGCACAUCUAUAUGAGGCAGCUGAAGAUCCUCAAUAUUCAACAUUGGCCAAAGUUGAACUGAAGAAGAUGUUUACUGGAAAAAUGAUUAAGGAAGUGAAGGAAGUGAGCUUGUCAGCAAACCAAGAGAAGUCAGAGAUGAAGAAGAUGACAUGGAAAGUUGAGGGUGACAAUGGCGACGAACCUACACCAAUUAGAGGGGGCGCUGUCAGUAGUUCAACUCUUGUUGUUGAGCUUGGACCCAUGGAGAUACGCACUUUCUUGUUGAAAUUUUAG